AUGAAUCUGGACGCGCCCAAAGCUGAGAUCAAGUCGGCAACGCGGGUCAGCGGGGGGCCCGCCACCCCACGUAAAGGCCCCCCCAAGUUCAAGCAGAGGCAGACUCGCCAGUUCAAGAGCAAGCCCCCCAAGAAGGGAGUGCAGGGAUUCGGUGACGACAUCCCGGGAAUGGAAGGCUUGGGAACCGACAUCACGGUGAUUUGCCCGUGGGAGGCCUUCAAUCAUCUGGAGCUGCACGAAUUGGCGCAGUAUGGAAUCAUCUGA